AUGGAUCCGACGCGUGGCUCUUCCGACGUGAAUCCUCUCCGGCUGCCCCGACCAAUUGUCGGCGAGCGCCCAGCACCGACGACUCCAAUCCCAAAGCGAAGCCCGAAGACUCCCGCUGGAAAGAAGAGGCCCCCACCAGGACAGACUCCAAGCCCUUCACUUUUCUUCGAUCUCAAAUUGGAGAAGAAAGGCGACAAGGAAGCAGUCAAUGCGUUCGCACAGGCCUUGACUGGGGCGUCCGAUCUGACAGACCACGUCAUCUAUACCGUCACAGAGAUCGACGGCGCGUUCAGAUGCUCUCUGCGCAUUCCUGCCUGGAGCAACGAAGCAUUUGAAGGGGAGGUGCAGCCAAGUCGGAAGGAAGCGGAGCAGUCCGCCGCCCACGCCUUCAAGAUGGAUUGGCGCGUGGUGCAGCAUGCCAAAAAUUUUCCAAAGGGCAGGAAACGACUGGAGAACGACGAAUUCAAGGAGAGGAUCAGACAGGAGCGUCGCCUUGCUCGUGAAGCGAGCAUGGCGAAACAUGCCAGGAGCCGGUAG